CACGUAAACAAGCCAAAUAGCUAGUUAUUAUCCACAAUCAAAUACUCCACAAUGCCACGGACAUCCAAUGAUGUCGACUACGUGCAGAAGGACCCGAAGCCUUACAAAAAGCCCAAACUUCCCUACCCCAAGCCUACGCCGCUGCCUGCAUUCGAGCCACUACAAAUCAACAACUACAACGCGCCCGGCACCCCCAAUAUACCUCCAGGUCUUGAUCAGCAUAAUCCUGUAGCCAUAUUCCGCCUAUUCUUUACCAAUGAAAUGGUGGAGAAGAUGGUGCGCUGGACGAACAAGUACGCCAAGGAUCACCAGCUGUCUAAGGAGGAUACAACGCUUGGCCGGCCACGCGCGUGGAGGCCUACGCAUAGGAAAGAGCUAUAUGCAUAUUUUGGAGUCGUUAUUUAUAUGGGCGUAGUUGUGCAGCCGACUAUAGCGCACUACUGGGGGCCUAGCAGUGCAGGCACGGCAACCUGGCCGGCCAAAUUUAUUGCUAAGGAUAGAUUUCAACAGAUUAAUUGCUAUAUUCGCGCCAGUUCUAUACCGGAGGAUGGCUUCCACACAAUAUUUAACCGCGUUAACAAGCUCUCUAAGCAUAUUAGAGUACGCUGCCGGCAGUACUAGGCGCUAGGCACAUAUCUAGCUGUUAAUAAGACAAUAGAGAGAUUUAUAGGCAGGGCAUCCAAG